AUGACAGGAAUGAUGGACAUGGUGGUACAUUUUAGCGAGAGGGAGAUCAUCCUUUUUUCCUUCUGGAAAACUGGAACACUAUCUGGGAUGGCCGUCUCAAUGCUGAUAACGUUUCUUCUUUGUAUCCUGUAUGAAGCUGUCAAGGGAUUUCGUCUGUUUCUAGCCUAUUGUCACUUAAAGGAAUCCCGUGCAAGUAACAGGAGUUCAUCUCCACUGACAGAUUCUAGAGGUGAUCUUGCCUCUCAGGAUAGCCUACCAUUUGCUCCCAUAUUGCAAAUAGCGGGACGGGUGUUCUCAGGAUUUCGUUUGGUACAAGCAGCAUUAUUUGGUGUUCAGUCACUUCUCGCUUACGUACUGAUGCUCAUUGUGAUGACUUUCAAUGGAAAUCUCAUCCUGAGCGUUGUCCUGGGAGAGUCUGUUGGAUAUCUCUUGUUCACUGGAACACCGUUUCUAGACGCGUACGUGCUAGACUGUUGUUAA